AUGCACACCAAAAAUCUGUCACUCUUGCUGGCCCUUGGUGUCGUAUCGCCAACGGUUUGGGGCAAAUUCAUUCCAAGGGAUUCAUACAUGGAUGAUGUCGAUACUGACACCGAUGACCGGAGAAGUGCCAACACAUUUGCGUCACGGGGGUACUUCAGCAGUGGGGUUGGUGUCACGAAUAGCACAAAGACGAGCAAUGGCUCAGUGUCGAGUGAUGAAAUAAUAGACUAUCAUUCGCUACAGUCCUUGGCUGCUUCAGCUGUUGAGACGUCUAAGUUACUAGCAGAUACCUAUUCAACCGCUGGCAAUAGCACUUGCACGUCUGAUAACAUCAGAGUUCGAAAGGAGUGGGGAUCUCUGAAUGAUGGAGAGAAGCUUGAAUACAUCGAUGCUGUCAAGUGCAUUCAAUCUGCUCCACCCUUGACCCCCGAGGCCGUGGCACCUGGCGCAAAAACUCGCUUCGACGACUUCGUUGCGGCGCACAUAAAUCAGACUCUGACCAUUCAUUUCACGGGCAACUUCCUCUCAUGGCAUCGCUACUUCACUUGGCUAUGGGAGGAGGCCCUCCGGACCGAGUGCGGAUACAGUGGCACACAGCCUUAUUGGGACUGGCCAUUGUCUGCUAUGAUAGGCCUGGAAGACUCGCCCAUUUUUGACGGUAGCGAGACAUCACUGUCCGGGAAUGGAAAGUUCAUUGCCAAUCGCAGCGACAUUGUAUUGGGUCUCAGCCUCGGGCUGCCUCCCAUAUACCUGCCUACCGGUACUGGAGGUGGAUGCGUCACGUCCGGACCGUUUGUCAACAUGUCGGUAAAUCUUGGGCCUUCUGCUCUGGACGAACCUGGCGGAGUUUCGGCAAGCAACCCGAAUGGCCCUCUGUCAUACAACCCUCGUUGCCUGAAGCGCGAUCUUACCGACUACGUGGUUCAAAACUUUGCAAACGCGACUGCCGUCCUGUCCAACAUAUUGGACUAUGAUAAUAUCUACGACUUCGAGUACGCGAUGCAGGGCGUUCCUGGGUCUGGUUCGCUGGGUAUCCACGGAGGCGGGCAUUAUGCGAUGGGAGGCGACCCUGGACGUGAUGUUUUCGUGUCGCCUGGAGACCCAGCGUUCUAUCUUCACCAUGGCAUGAUCGACAGAGUUUGGUGGCUGUGGCAGAUGCAAAACCCUCAAGAGCGGCAGUACGGGGGAACAGCUCUCAUGGGUACCCGAACCUUUAUGAACUCCCCCGAAAGCUCUAAUACGACAUUUGAGGAUGCCCUUGAGUACGGUUACGCAGCUGGACCACCUAUUGCUAUUAAAGAUGCUAUGAGCACCGUCGCUGGCCCUUUUUGCUAUGUCUAUGAGUAG